ACUUUUGUUUAUGAUGUUGGAUGUGGAAUAGGUUAAUGUUUGUUAUGCAGUUUUGUGGAUAUUUUCUUUAAUUGUUUGAUUUUCUCAUUUUCAAAUUCCCGCAAGAUUAUUUCUAUUCUAUAAUGAAGGUCACAGUUACAACGUUAACCGAUUACAUUUUUGUGUUGGAUGUAUCGGAAGAUUUAGAAUUAGAAAAUUUCAAAGCUUUCUGUGAAGUAGAAUCUGGAUUUCCUGCUUCUGAAAUAAUUAUUGCGUUUAAUGGAAGACCUCUGAUGGACAACAAAAUGUCUUUGAAGGACUUUGGUAUAAGAGAUGGAGAUGCAGUGAUUUUACAGCAUUUAUUGAGUUCUGGUAACCAAUCUCAAAGCAGCCUACAACAAGUUCCUGCUUUGGACUUUAGUGGAAUAGAAAUACCAGGAUCUUCUUCCACUUCUAGAGGAGGUACUUUUCAUCAGAGUGGAAGACCAUCAGAGGAUGAUCCUAAGUUGAUAAGAGAUAUGUUCCUUGCUAAUCCAGAUCAGCUAGCACUGCUCAAGCAGAAUAAUCCUCGAUUGGCAGAAGCUUUACUUAGCGGAAAUAUUGAAGCAUUUGCUAGUGUUCUACGUGAACAAGUAGUUAAUAGACAAGAGAGAGAGCAACAAAGACUAAGAAUGAUAAAUGCAGACCCGUUCGAUACAGAGGCCCAACGUCUCAUAGCGGAGGAAAUCAGACAAAAAAAUAUCGAGGCUAACAUGGAAGCAGCUAUGGAGUAUAAUCCAGAAUCAUUUGGUACUGUUGUUAUGCUUUAUAUCAAUUGUAGAGUGAAUGGAUAUCCUGUGAAAGCAUUUAUUGACUCUGGUGCUCAAACCACAAUAAUGUCGAGUAGUUGUGCUGAACGAUGCAAUAUAAUGAGAUUAGUGGAUACCAGAUGGGCUGGAAUCGCUAAGGGAGUUGGUAUUCAAAAAAUUAUUGGCAGAAUUCACAUGGUGCAAAUACAAAUAGAGACUGACUAUUUAAUUACAAGUUUCUCGGUAUUGGAGGAACAGCCAAUGGAUAUGUUGCUGGGAUUGGAUAUGUUGAAAAGACAUCAGUGUUGUAUAGAUUUAAGGAAAAAUGUACUGAGAAUUGGGACCACCGGUACAGAGACUCCUUUUCUUUCUGAACGGGAACUUCCAGAAUGUGCUAGACUGAGUACAGCUUCGGAAGAAGAUGUUAUUGAAAGAUCAAGGAAGGAAGCUGAAGAAAAGGCAAUGAGAGAGGCUAUUGAGAAUAGCAGACAUAGUGCUCAAACAGCUGCUAGCUCAAGUUCUAGUUCACAACCAAUGAUAACAAGUACAACACCAAAUGUCUCUCAAAUAUCCGAAGAUGAUAGAUUUACAGAAGAAACAGUCCAGGAGAUCAUAAAAUUAGGAUUUUCUAGAGAGCAAACUAUACUUGAACUGAGAAGAUUCAAUGGAGAUAAAACCCAGGCAAUGGCAGCUUUGUUUGCGAAGUCACUGAAGUUUUGAAAAUUAUCUUUUAGGGUUUUUAUUUUAUUGAUUAAUUGUGAUCAUACUCUGAUAUAUCAUUUAAUUUUUCAUACAUUUAUAUAAGGAAUUUUUCCGCUUUUGUAUUUUCUAUAACUCAAACUCGUUUGGAAAAGAUUGGGAUAAGUUUCUUCUUUUUGCUCCAAAUUAGGAUAAUUCGACGAUAUACACUGAGUGGCAUAUCAAAGUUAUUGAAUCUACUUUCCACUAAAUAAAUCAAAAAAGAUCUCUUUUAAUUUUCUAUGAACAAUGAAAUUGCAUCAGUUAGGUUAUCAGUUACCAUUCAAAGAUUACCAUGAAUUGUCAUUGUAUUUGAAUGAUAUGAAAAAUUUUGAAUUUAUUUUGAUUGAUCAGAAUUAUUUGUACAGCAGAAUCUAUUUAUUGCAAAAAUAUGAUUUAAUUUAUUUUACUUUCAUAAACUUUUGUUCCAGUUCCAUUACCUAAAUUAUUUCCUAUGGUUUUGGUUCUUCAUCAUUAUUUAAACAUUUAUCAAGAAUUGAAUUACAUGAGAAUUUGAAUAAACUGUAAAUAUUGUGCUCAACGGUGAUAUUACAUGUAAUUUUUUUAAUGAUUGUAUAAACAUUAGUUUUAUUGAAAAAAAAAAUUGUUCACAGCUUGAACAGAUCAUGAUCGAGUUUAAUCCUACAACAUCAAACUUUUUUCCUACUACCAAGUCCUCAGAUGCUAUUGUAUACUAAGCAAUAAUUAUUCCAAUUUAUUCAGAGAAAAAAAGUAUGAUUUGAACUCGAAUUUAAAAAAAAAAUGAUUGAAAUAUCAUUUUUUUCAACUGAUUGUAUUUUUUCAAUUGGAAUAGAUUCGAUAUUAGUUUGAUACAACUUUAGAAUGAGCUGGAAUUAGAUAUUAAUAUAAUUGGGAUGUUUAUUCGUAUUUGUGAAUGAUUGAAUAAAUUUCAUAUUAUA